AUGACAAAUAAAGAAAAAAUAUGCACCCUGAAACCAGACGUGCUAGAUAAAGUAAUAAUCAAAUGUGGGUCGGAAAAAAAAAAAUACGAGUUACUACCAAAUAACUGCUUCGAGCAAGUAUACACAUCCAAGUCGAUAAAAAACGCACAGAACUUAGUGCAAUAUCUACCCGGAGCUGCCGCCAUCGUAAAGAGGAAUCAAAAGAAACAAAACUCAGAAGGAAAGAAAAACUACGACGAUGUAUUUUUUCGAGUCCCACCUAACAUGGAUAGCGAAGAAAAGGCAAUCUACUGUCUCUGUCAAAAUAAAGCCAAAAUUAAGGUCCGAAAAGUAAGCGGAGAAAUAUACGAUAAGGAGAUAUUUAACAUCGGAAUUGCAGAAGUUUUGAUUCCAUCCCUUCCUAAAAAGAUCGAUGGUUGUGAUUUUACUCAAAAUGACUCAACCUUGUUCACAAAAGGAUACGAUGCGAAUUUCUAUAAAACGGUUGAAAAUAAAGACGAUGUUAUUUGUAGAAUUAGAGCUACUGAAGGUCAAUUUAUUGGGUUCAAGUGCCCAGCUGACUAUGACAUCGAACCUGAGGAAUGCUUUUUACAAGGGUUUAAUCUCAAUGGCAAGAAGGAACAACUUCGGAACAAGCUUAACCUAACAGAUCUAGUAUUAGAUCACUACAAUAAGAUUUUUUAUGCUCGUGUUCCUCAGAAUAUAUAUCAAAGUAUGAACUUUUUUUGUGCAUGUGUUUUAAAGGAAAAGAGAUUAGUUGCUCACUUUGAGUUUAUUGCCACUGCAGAUGGUUUGGGUGAAUCAGGAGUCCUUUACUUUGUGUUGUAG